AUGAAGGACCAAGACAUGAGUUUAACAGAUCAACUUGAUAAAGAAUAAUGUAGUUCGAAACUUAUUAUUUAUACAAUUCAUUCAUCCAAAAUUUCGUUUUUGUCUAAAAACCUUAACCUUCUUACCAAAAACAAAAGUGUUAUAAUUAAAUAAUGGACCCUUCAUAUUUCCUCAACACAACUAACCUCACCAAUCCUGACGACUUCCCAGCCCUGGAAGCCCUUGGCGUUGAGAUGCAGGCCUUUUUUAUCACCGUAUAUUCAUUGACUACUCUUUUGGCACUGGGAGGAAAUGUCGUGGUUGUUGGGGUGUUAGCCUUUGGAAAAAGGUCUUCUCGAGAUCUUCGAGUCUUUUUGAUUAACCUAGCUAUUUCAGAUAUUACUAUGGCAACGUUCUCUAUUCCAUUCACUUACACAGAUUUUAUGCUAGGUCGGUGGAUUUUCGAUCCUAAUUUCUGUCCUAUGGUUUUGUUCAUGCAACUCUGUUCGGUGAUCGUCAGUGUAUACACACUAAUGGCAGUUGGUCUUGAUCGGUUCUACGCUAUAAUGUACCCGCUACGCAGAAGUUCCAAAAGAUCUAAAGGGCUGCUUAUUUUAGUGGUUAUCUGGUUGAUAGCUAUCGGUAUUUCCAGUGUGCAGUUAGUUCAAGGGCGUGCUGAAAAGUUCUGGUGGGCUGGAGAAGAAUACUACAAAUGUGGAGAAGCAUGGAGCGAUGAAGCUGGGAAGCUCUACACCGUGAUUGUGUUCAUUGUCACCUUUUUGCUCCCUUUGGUGAUGCUGUCCUUCACAUACUCCUGCAUCAGCUGGAAACUGUGGAAGCACAACACCCCGGGCAAUGCUGAUGUCACCAGAGAUAUGCGUCAUUUGCAAACCAAGAUCAAGACCAUAAAGAUGUUAGUACUCGUGGUAGUCCUCUUCACUAUCUGCUGGCUGCCAAUUCAAACCUUCAACUUACUGGUGUAUCUUGACUCUGAUUUCUUGAUUGUCACCAAUGAAAAAGAAUACAACAUUUUCGUUGCUUCCUUCUUCAUUUGCCAUUGGAUGUCUAUGGCUAACAGCUUUGUGAAUCCAAUCAUUUACUGCUUCAUGAGUGACAAUUUCAGAACAGAUUUGAAACAGCUGCUCUUCUGUAACUGCAGUAGAUCUAAAGAAAAAACGACACAGAAGACGAGUGCUCUUCAAUUGCAAGAUCGCUCUUGUAUGUAUCUGCAUAGUUCCACCUUUCUGGUUACCUGCAGGAGUAACCCAACUGCACAAAGAGUAAUAAUGUUGAAAGCAAACAAAGCCGCCGGAUAUGGGUCUAACAGGUUUUCGAGUCCAGACUUAAGAUCCAGAAUGUUGUUAUUUCCUAUCAAGAAAUCAAGGACGUUUUCUGGUUUAGACAGGGAAUUAUCGUCUCCACACUUAGAUUCAAGAUCCUUGUCAAGUGUCUGAUUUCAAAGAUUAUGAUUAUUGUGUAGACUUUAUAGUAUUUCAAGCUAAAACCUCUAAAAAAGCUCAAAGUAAUAAACAAAACAUUCUAA